UUGGAUUUGUUGCUACGAUAUGUAUGUUUUACAUAAUUUGCUUUGUGAAUAGCAGCGACUUAUUUUGCAAAUGUACAGGUGUGUCAGUAUUUAUCUGUUAAAGUUCGGGGACAGAACGUAUAUUGAAGCAGAGAGAUUAAAUUACUUUCGAGUUAACGAUUUUUUGCUCACAAUAGCGCCGCCUUUCACUUGACGGUUGUGUAAUCGCUCCGACAGUGCUUCGCAAAGAAAUUACCCAAUAAAAGUCGUAAAAGGGUGCAAGCUGUGGUGCUGAUAACAACCGACAGGAAACACUGAUAAUGGCAUCAGCUGGUUCGCAGGAUAACGGGGGUGUAGCGGAUCAGUGCAUUCCACAAUGGAAGCGAGAGCUUAUCUUACGACGACGAGCUCUCGCACGGGCUUUGCCUGCAGGUAACACUUCAGUGAAGCUUACCUGCCCAAGUGUUGUGACCGCAGUGAGACAUCCCGAAGUAACAACAGCUGGUGAAAACGUCAGUGGGAAACAGCAACGUUGCAAUUCGUCUGCAGUAGCCUCGAACAAGGGCGUACUAGACCAAACCCAAGCGGACUUUCACCCCAGAGGACGCAUUAACGACACAUCCUCUGCCUCAGCAGUCUCAGCUUCAGUAGUUGGGAACAUGCGGCUGGUGGAUCAUCGAGUUGAAGGGGGCACUGAUGUUGUGAUUAAUGGCGUCGGCCAGGACAUAGAAGUUGAACAGAAUUCAGUUAAAUAUCGUUCCAGAAUGGGGGAGGAGAAAUAUGUGAAGGUAUCUAGUGCUUCAAGGACAAUUGUGGACAACUGUGUAGUGAACAUGACAAAAAACCGCUUUGUUAUGGGUGAAAACAACAAUUGUCAACAUUCCAAUGAUGAUUGUGAUUCAGAUUCAAGUGAAGAACUGCAGUAUGGACCAGGUAUCGUCAACAAAUUAAAAUGUAAAUAUAUGAGCAUGACAUUGAGAGAGAACCAAAAUAAAGGGGUUAGGCCGUCGCUAUCGAAUUUGAGGCGAGCGACAAGCUUGGAAAACAUGUUCGAUAAUGACUCGGAUACAGGAAAACCACAGAUAACUCAGCACAGAUUUACCAAGAGAACGGAUGCCACUAACAACUCAAAUAAGACAGAAUGUACAUCAGAAAACCAGCAGAGAUAUCGGCCUACAAGUCGCAGGAAUGAUUCCAUGAAACGUGCUCGAUCUGUUGAAACACUUCUGCGAUAUGACCCCAAGUCUCAAGCUGCUACAGGGCAUAGUAUUCCAAGUGAUUUGCCUGUUUGUGAUCAUAUUGUGAAACCAGAAUUCAGGGACUAUAAUAAGAAUAACACUAGAUUAUUGAAGGCACUAGGAAAUGAGGAAAUAGUUAUUGUUGAAAAUAAAAUGAAGGUUGAAUGUAACAGGAAGACUGUUAGUGAAGAAAAGGCACCAAUGUUCCAGCAGAAGAAGAGAACGUCCAAUAUUUCUGAAGAAACAGAGUUACCUCCGCCAGAUGUUGUCAAACAAACAAUGAAGAUAUUUGAAGGGACAUCUUCAAAGAAGACAUCACGACUGACCAGAGCUCCAGGUGUGUCACUGAAAUCGGCUCCUUAUAAACAUGGUGGCGUGUCUUUGUCAAAAGUCAGCAGUAAUAUGGAUGAACUGAAAGGCUCAUUAAACACAAAACCAUUAUUAUCACCAAAGCCAGUUAUAAGCACUGAAAAGUAUAUUCCAAAUACUCAUUCACUAAGGAAGUUUCCACCUUCACAACUCCCUCCUGAUGUUCAACACAGCACAUCACCAACCCUGAAUAGCAGGAUACUUGCAGUAGAUACCUUGUCUCCAUUAGUUGGUCCAACAGGAGCUACAAAAUUAAAAUCCUCUUCACCUACUGAAAGUGGUAAAAAAAUAAUUGGUAUACCAUCGCCUCAGGUUGAUGAUCCUAUUUGUAUGCCUGCUCCACUGACAAAUGGAAAAAUUACAGGACAAGAUUUGAUUGUUCGAGAAAAUAAUAGUUCUGGUGAAGAUGAUGAUGAUGAUGAUGGUGAUGGUUCUGCUGAUGCUGUAGAUGGUGCUACAAAAGUUGUCUCCAACUCUGCACUAAACAAUAUCAGAAAAGAUGGAAUGUCAGUAGAGUUCAAAUUUGGUAGUAGUACUCCAAGUACCAAAUCAAAAUCAUACCUACCGGGUGCAAAUAGUUAUUUGCCAACUGGACAGACUUCAGUUCCAUCAAAGAUUGUUACUCGGAACCAAAAAGUUACUUCACCUGCCCUGGAAAGACGGGAUUUUCUAACUGCAGCGAAAUCCACCUCAGUUGCACCAGUUGUGAAGUCUCCAGACUCACCUCAGAACCAAAUGAAACAAGUCUGUGUGAUACGUCCAAUUGUUAACAAUUCUCACCCCACCUCACCUCCUCCUUCACUCACAGAUCGUGAAAUUGAAAAGAACUUUAUUAAUCGUACAAAAUCAAUUGAACAACCAACUAGUAAAGUUGUAGUCUCACUUAAAUCAGCGAAUGAUGUUGUUGUAGGCAAGGUGUUGUUGGAACCCACAAAGGGACAUACAGGUGAUAGUGUGAAAAGUGUGAAUGACUCGGUGACAUUUAAGAGUACUAGUGAAGCCAAAGGUUCGGGACUGUGGGAUAACAAACCUUGGAAUCAGCCACAGAACACAAUGGUUUUCAACUUUAGCGGUCGAAAAGGUCCUGUGCCAUCAUACAUCGAGAAUGAUGGUUUGAUCCUCAGCAACAGGAAGAAUAAAUCAUCGGCUAGUGAUUAUAGAAAAAUCAACUUGGAUGGAACGUCGGACGAAUCCUCUACUGAUAUCGACACUGAGGAUUGCGCCGUUGGACUCGGAGGUCCUCCAUCCCCAUGUAAUGUGCUGUUCGAAGGAGAUAAUGUCCUCAUUAACGGGAAAUCGAACCUGCUCAAGAAACCAAAGCAACACAAGCUCCGAAUUAAAUUCGACGACGCGGCCACUACGACGUUUGAAUACCCGUCCGAGGCGUCGCUUCUGAGCGAGAAGUCGUCCCCUCCGAGUUCUCUGUCGUCACCAGCGGGUCUGCCUCACCCCACGUCUCCGAACGGACCCACGCCAGGCAUUCCCGUGCCUUUGGGUGGCAGUGGCCUGGCUAGCUAUACCCCAAGCAAGAUUCACCUUGGUAGUGAAGACUUCCAGUUGGGGGUGACUAGAGCUGCACCAUUACUACCACAUCGUACCACAGACAUGGCAGUGUCUUCUGGGUCUAAGCAGACAGAAGAAGAAGAGGAGGAAGAUUACUUAAAGCCAGCUGAGGAUAGUGAGACUGUGGCUUGGAGUUCAGAAACCGCAUCUGACUUGUUAUUUUGAUGAUCACCUUGAAACAAGAAUCAACACCAGUUAUGCUGAAUGGAAGAAGUUGACUACAAGUUCCUGAUAGUAAGUGAGCAUGUACAGACCUGAUGCCUAAACCUCACCUUAUCUGACCUGACAGAUACUGCCAACAGCCACAGCUUGGAAACUGACUUUCUGCAGCAAGCUUCCAUCACAUUUUUGGCAAACCAACAGUGUCAAUUAUAUAUAAUAUUUAACUAUCUACAUUUACAAACAAGGUAUUUGUUCCAAUUUAUUAAUGUAUUCUGCUUACAAGAGUAUUUUAGGAUACAAAUUUACAGUGAAAUAUCAGAAACUCAGUAUACAUUUUACAAAGAGUAUGUGUGUGUUGUAUUUAUUGAUUGUGGUAACAGUGAUUCUCCUUCCAUUUAUAUAUGGGGAGUUGAUAUCUUCCAUUUUUAUGGUUAUUAAGUCAUUAAUUUGUAAGAACAAUGUAACACCAGUAAUAUGUAGCUCUCAUGUGAUGUUAAGUGAAUCAAGUGUAGUUUUCUUAACAACCUUCCAUUCCUUGAUAUUUGAUGUUUAUAAACAUUUCUCCUUGAAAGUAGUCAGAUCAGAUUUAAAUUGUAAAUUCUGGACAAUGGAAAAAGUCCAGAACCCAAGUAAUUCUGUAGUUAAUAUGGUUUUACAAAACUGUUCUAGUUUUUCAGAGCUAUCUUUAAGCAAAGACCAAUUGAAAUGGCUUGUAUUUCAUUGGUCAUUAUGUUUCUUUAAAGAAGUAAUUUUGCUGUUUCUUCUUGUUGGUCCAUUCCAGUCGUUUACAUCUGUAUUUAGUGAUCUAUAAUUAUUGUUCAUUUCCAUCACUUUAAUGUUAUCUUGUCUGUCUGCACAUUACCUGGUGAUUUUGAAUAUUGAAUCUGCAGUUAUAUUGUUGAAGUGGUUAAUUUUUCACCAUAACUGGUCUUUUAAUGUGAUUAAUAACGUAGUGAAGGAUUUCUACUCAAAUGUUUGUUGUGGUGAAGGCGACAUGUUACAGCACUACCACACUUACACAUAUAGUAUGGAUAACAUUAAACUAUUGUACCCAGAAAGUUGUAACAGUAUUUGACCUGCAUAUUGUAGCUGUAGAUAAGGAAGUGGGAAAUAUCAUUUAGCGAUGUGCAUGUGUUGAAGUAACCUGCCAGUAUAAGAUUUCUGAUAUGAAUAUUAUGAAAUUCCUCAAACACGUAGGAGUGUGUGAUAUACUGCCAGUAAUGUAUCUGUAACUUGAAAUAGUAACUCUGGCCAGUUCAAUUGAAGGCUGGUUUUUACAGUUUUUCAUAUGUACUGUCCUCAUUUGGGAUAUGCAUUCAUGUAUUCAGUAGCAUACGGUGUGUCAUUUCAAAAUUCCAGCAGAAGCUUCAGUAUAACCAGGAAUUCACAUUUCUGAAGAUUAUUAAUGGUUUCUUGUAAUGUAUUCAUGUUAUGUUACAAAGUGUGUGUACUCACAAUAGACAUUCCAAUAGAUAGUAAAAUGUUGCAGUCUUUGAAAGGAUCCUUCCUUCAAAGAAUUUCUUUCUUUCUUAUUUUGUAUCUGUUGUUACCAGUGAGGUUCUUAGUGAGAUAUAAUAAGGUAGGAAAUAAUGUUUCUCAUCUUUUCACCUGCAUGUGUAAAAUUACAUAAAGAUGGUAAUAUUACUUAAAGAAAGCCUAGAUUCAAUUAGGAGGGAAGUAUUGUACAAUAUUCUGAUAGAGUUUGGGAUACCCAUGAAACUAGUUAAGCUGAUUAGAAU